GGUCAGAUCAAUGUUCCGGAGUUCACCGGGAAGAACUUCAUUCACUAGGGCCUAAAGAACGAACCGAGCAGCAAAUGAGAUUUGACUCUGCUUGCUGCUCCCAUAAAAAUCGUCCGGUCAGAAAGAUUAGUCACCGCAGGGUUGGUGUAUCGCCUCAACAUCCAUCAAGCCGGCCUUUUCGUGUUGGUGUCUAAGUGUGAAUGUCUCUUUCUCGCUCUUUGACUUGCUUCUAUCUCCGUUUGUUUGUUGUGUACUGCCGGUCGAUGAAUAGAUAUGAUCCGGGUGUCAGAGGGCAUGACAGGGCGACCUAUGAAGCCCAAAUCUUCCCCGAGGAGCACCCUGACCAGCGUCUUGCAGUAUCUCGAGACUCGUCCAACAAUGCACGUUCAACGGCCUCAUCGCACCCCUGGCCUACAGGUGCAGCCCCCACGGCGCCUACUUUCCUCUCUUCCCAGCCAUGGCCCACAUGGCAUGUUGGGAAAACGGAGCUACCAUCACAACAGCAGGGUUGAAUCUGCUGAGAGGAGAGCCAGUGCUCCAGGACAAGAAAAUCCAGCCCAUAUUGUGGGACCCAUUCUGGAAGGCCAGAAGGCUGCUCUCCCGUUCACAGUUAAGAAGAGCGUGCAGACAACCAUGUGA